UCUCUCUCCCUCUCUCUCCUCUCUCUCCGCGCAUCCUCCCCCACAUUAACAGCUUAGCACAGCAGCAGCAGCUCCUACAGCAUCCAGCAUCCAUCCCUGCCUGGGGAGCAGCAGUCCUACCCGGCGCAGCACCGACGCACGGAGGGGGCGCAUCAUCUAAGUGAUGCCACAGCAUCAGUCGCAUUUCGACAACAAAUACUGAGAGUAGACCCUAAAGGAGGGAGAGAAAACAGCUUCAGCCUCGAGGACAGCAACUGCACAUGAAGAUGUCUAACGCUGACAUCGUCUUAAACGCCACCGAUCGGGUGGUGAAAUCUGUCCCCUUCCCCCUGAGCCACCGCCUUACAAUGAAGGAAGUGUUUGACUGCGAAGGGAAACCUCGUGUCGAUCUCCUGAAGGCCCACCUCACCAAGGAGGGCCGUGUAGAGGAGGCUGUGGCACUUAAAAUCAUCAGCGAGGGAGCAGCCAUCCUGCGUCAGGAGAAAACUAUACUGGACAUCGAGGCACCAGUCACAGUCUGUGGUGACAUCCAUGGGCAAUUCUUUGAUCUUAUGAAGCUGUUUGAAGUGGGAGGAUCACCAGCCACAACACGGUACCUGUUCCUUGGGGACUACGUGGACCGCGGCUACUUCAGUAUUGAGUGUGUUUUAUACCUCUGGUCGCUGAAAAUCCUCUAUCCAAAGACACUAUUUUUACUUCGUGGAAAUCAUGAAUGUAGACAUUUGACAGAAUAUUUCACCUUCAAACAAGAAUGUAAAAUCAAGUACUCAGAGCAGGUGUACGACUCAUGUAUGGAUGCAUUUGAUUGCCUCCCUCUGGCUGCACUCAUGAACCAACAGUUUCUGUGUGUACACGGUGGGCUCUCACCUGAAAUACACACCUUAGAUGACAUUAAAAAGUUGGAUCGGUUCAAGGAGCCGCCAGCUUUUGGGCCCAUGUGUGACCUGCUGUGGUCUGAUCCUCUGGAGGAUUUUGGCAAUGAGAAAACCCAGGAAUAUUUCAGCCACAACACAGUGCGAGGCUGCUCCUACUUCUACAGUUAUCCAGCUGUGUGUGAGUUCCUACAGAGCAAUAACCUAUUAUCAAUUAUCCGAGCGCAUGAAGCACAAGAUGCAGGCUACCGGAUGUACCGUAAAAGUCAGACCACUGGAUUCCCAUCGCUCAUUACCAUCUUCUCAGCACCAAACUACCUGGAUGUUUACAACAACAAAGCUGCUGUACUGAAAUACGAAAACAACGUCAUGAACAUCCGGCAGUUCAACUGCUCACCCCAUCCCUACUGGCUGCCCAACUUCAUGGAUGUCUUCACCUGGUCUCUGCCAUUUGUUGGAGAGAAAGUCACAGAAAUGCUGGUGAAUGUGCUGAGCAUCUGCUCCGAUGAUGAACUCAUGAUGAAUGAGGAGGAUGAGAUCUUUGAUGCCAAUGCAGCUGCAGCACGCAAGGAGGUGAUCAGAAACAAGAUCCGUGCUAUUGGGAAAAUGGCCAAAAUGUUCUCAGUCCUCAGAGAGGAGAGUGAAAAUGUGUUGACGCUUAAAGGCCUGACGCCCACUGGCAUGCUGCCAAGCGGGGUUCUCUCUGGAGGCAGACAGACACUGCAGAGUGCCACCAUUGAAGCCAUUGAAGCCAUCGAGACGACUGAUGAGGACGGAGAAGCUAUCCGUGGCUUCUCCCCCCAGCACAAGAUCACCAGCUUUGAGGAGGCCAAGGGCCUAGACCGCAUCAACGAGCGCAUGCCACCUCGCAGGGACGGGGUGAACCAUGUGGGUCACUCCAUGGGAAAGAUGAAUAUGUCCGAGGCGAACGGCACGGAUGACAACAGCAACAUCCAGUGAUGUGCUGUUUGAGCCUCAGAACCGUGCUGCUGUUGCGCUAUGCAGCAAAACAUUGCCAAAUCGGGAAUUCAGGCCUCAGAACAUAGAAAUAAACCAGGCCCACAGACAGAACAUGAAAAUCUGCAGCAAAUCUAAAACGGGCGAAAAAGGUCAUUUUUUUCACGACAGUAUGUCAUCGCACAGUCGGGGGAGGGGGGAGCCGGGGUUCACAGCAGAGGGCAGGGAUGAGAAGAGGCCAGAAGGCUGCAGCUUGACUGAAGAAGUGUGGUUGAGAGUUGUUUCUGCCUGUUGUUCCCUUUCUCAGUUCAAUUACAGACUGAAUUGUUGGGGGUUGUGUUGUUCUGAGUGCUGACAAAUGUCUGCUCCUUCAUUACAGGGCCCGACAGAAGACAUAAUCGCAGUAUCCAUGCCACACAAAUCGUUUUACUGUUUCAUGAAGUGUUUAUUAUGAAUCACUCACAAAUUCACAUCAUGAGUAAAAAAAAAAACUUGUUUACCUACAUGUUUUGCUAGUAUUAACAAGUCACACCACUUUAUGUGAAAGAAAGCAAAAAGAAAACUAAAUGUGUACCUCUUAAAACUUGCAGCGCAAUCUUACCAGUGGACCUGAAUUUAUUGAUUUACCUUGUAGUAAGAUGCCGUCAUCCUGCAGGGGAAAGAGGACGGGGUGCUCACCAAAGCCACUGCAGCCUGUCAUCAAACUCCUCCUCGGGUGCGUUUCAAUACUCUCCAGUACUGCUCCUUUCCUCACCUCCCUCAUUAUCAGUCAUCUCCUAGCAAGAAACAACUUGGAGGGGAUGAGGGAAGAAAGGGAGGGCAUGAAAGGAGCAUUUGGGAAAUUUGGUUCCACUGUAGGUACUUCAGCAUAACAGCUUAAACACCAACAUUUAACAUCUGAAAAUGCCCCCAAAAGGAGCACACUAUCCCAUACGAAGAUGCAACUUCAUCAACGUCCGUAGGGAAAUCUCAAAGGGUUAUAUUUUUACCCAGACCAUCCUUAAAAUAAUUUCCCUCCUCGCCAUCAAACGUUAAAGUAGUUCACAUCAGAGACGCAUGGCAUUUAAUCAAGCUAUACCUCACACACUUUUCUGGAAAGUAUACACUUGAGCAUCCUCCGCUGAAGGAGGCUUCUCUCAUCUCUUCUGCAUCACUAUGACCGGCAACAAAGCGGCAUUAAGACCAGUUUCUGGACCACAGAGGAAAAAGAGAAGAAGUGAUCUUUGAACUUUGGGACAUGUCCUGCUGUCUCACACUACCUGAUUAUUUCUCACCUGCUUGUUGCUGAAGAGAAAGAAAUAAAAGAAUAUGUGCAGUCACUCAAGUAUAUGUUAGCGCCCUUUUGAGUUUUUGCACUUUUUUGCUGUGCUGCAAAUUCAAUGAGAUUUCAUGCCUAAGAGCUACACAAAGUACUAUAUCAGAGUGAGAAGGAAAUUCUAAAAAUUUGUGAAAGGAUAUAAUUGAAAUAUCCUUUGUUUAAAGAGUAUUUAAUAACCACACACUCCAUUCUGUCAUUUGGAUUCAUCCGGAAAAUAUAUCAAAGGGAUUUGAAGAAUGUAUCCUGACCAGAAUUAAGUUAAUUAAUUCUUCUUUUUACAACUAAUGUGAUUUAUUUUAUACUAAAAUUGAGCUUAAAUCAUGAAAACUGAGCACAGUGUAGAGCAUCUGGUUUAUGAAUCCACCCAUAUUGCAUCAAAAUGUGUUAACGCAUCAUUUCUUGUUUUUCAACCAUUUUUUUCCAAAAAUAUUCUGAUUUUACCGUUCAGUACAGUGGAGAAACUGGCCGAGAAAAACUUCACUGACAAGUCCACCCACACUGUGAUCCAAAUAAAACAAAAAUUCCCAUUUCCAAAUGACUAACAGAAGAAAUAGAACAGAAACCUUAUUAAAACAGGAAGUAAUAAUUUGGAAAAGUCGAAACCAGUAAACCCAACCUCGAGCAUAAAUUUCUAGAAUUUCCUUUCAUACAUGAAUAUUUUUUCUACUUUAUAUUUCAUCUUUCUAUUUAAUGAUAAAGGUAUGUGAAUUAAGGACGGACAAAAGGCGAUUUUUAACACAGCAUCUAUGGUAUGGAACGCAUCAAUGCAUGCAAUUAAGUUCCUAAUUGUUAUGUGAGAUUAUAAUUGUGAUAGUUGUGUUUCAAAUAGUAAACUUGAAUUUUUUUUUUUUUAAUUACAUUUGUAGUUUUAUUUGUCUUGUUUUAUAAAUUUUAUAAAUAGGCUUCCUUUGAUUGUUUUCAUCCAUUUUUUUCAUUCUGUUAUUUAUUACCACUGCUUUUAAUUUUGUAUUGAUUUGUUGUAUGCAGAGAUGCCCUUCUAAGGUGUGAAGCCUUGUGUUUAUUAUUUUAUUUUUCUGUUGUACUGAUGUACAGAAAAUGUUCAAUAGUGUGAAUGAAUAUAAUCUCAGUGAAAAGCAACUUUCAGGCUGCCAAAGCAUGAUAGCAUGGUUUUCAGAUGUAAAUGAAUCGGACACAAAGAAAAUCAUGUGUCGCACUUACGUUUAACAGGAAACAUUGUACUCUGGUUAUAUUUACUGCUGAUAUUAUUAUUGUUACAAUUUAGCUUAUGGUUAUUUUCCUUCCUCUGUUUCUGGUUCUUGUAUGGUCUACAUGCAUAUUUCAACAAACAAAUAUAAUGGAUUUUAUCUUGCAACAUUUUUUAUUAUCUAUGGAAAUAUGUUUUGGCAUUUGACUUCCUAAAUGAUACACACAUUGUAAGCAUGCCCUAUGGGACAAAUCACAUUUUUUUACUCUUGAAUAAAAUAUGCAUGAACAAAAAUGUGUUG